UUCUGCGAAUCAAUAGCGGUGUUUGUAGGAACGUAUAGAUUUUUCUUCAUUCAUAACAACUGGUGCUCAGCAAUGGCAAGACAGAGACUGCCUCCGAUUAUGCUGUUCUAGCGGAUUUAUACAGAUAAUGAUAUCUUUUUGUGCACUGACGCCAUCUUCAUAAGAGCCUCAACGAUUCUUUGACCACUCAGGUGCAAUUAUCUGACGGAUGGGAAAUCCAAAGGGGAAGUCAAUAAAGCACGGUAUCAAUUGAGUUGGUUUUAAGUGUAAGUAAUAGCACUGUCUUAGGCUUAAGUUUCUUUGCGAGAGGAUAGAAAAGGAGUGAAAAGGAGUAGUUAUAAACGACACUAUGGGAAUUUAUCCGACGCUGAUGGACCUCGUACUAACAACUUUUUAGAAACAAGCUCGGAUUUGUUACUCGGAUAAGGCUUCGGGAAAUAUUGAUUCACCCUUGCUACGAUUUCUUCAGCCACGAUAUAUAUUCAAUCAAGCUGGAUUCGAAUAUAUUGUAAAUAUUUAAUUAGUUGUAGUGUGGUGGAACCACAAAACCUUUGACCGCUCUGUCGGAAAUCCAAACCUGUCCGUCCCGUCCCGCCCAGCCCUCAAACACGGGUCAAUGGCAGUCGAUAAUGUACCUCAUCCGGCGCCUCCUCUCCCCCACAGCUGACGUCACAGAGCGGAAGGAGGAGGCUGAGGCGUCUAAGCUCGUGCGCAGGUUCGGCCGGAAGGGGAAAGGCAAGGGGCAGUUCAACAUGCCCACAGGGGUGGCCAUCACAAAAACAGGUGAUGUCGUCAUAACAGACACAGAAAAUCAUCGAAUACAGAUAUUCGGAAGUGACGGGAAUUUUAAGCACAAAUUUGGUAACCGUGGAAACGAGCUGCAUAAUCUGUGUUAUCCAGUAUGUGUUGCUAUGACAACCGAUGAUUGUAUAGCCGUCACUGACAGUGUAAACGCUUGCGUCAAGGUUUUUAGUCAAAACGGUGAUUUUCAAAAUAAGUUUGGGAAUGACAGCUUCCUGGAGUUCCCAUGUGGGCUAGCAAUAACCCACGACAAUUUCAUGGUAGUUUCAGAUAUAUGUAAGCACCGGAUAUACGUGUUAUACCCUAGUGGGGGUAUCUAUAGCGAGUUUGGUACUUACGGAAGUUCGCCAAAAGAAUUUGACCAUCCAUAUUACCUGACAGUGAAUACGAAAAAACAAAUCAUUGUCUCCGACUCUGGUAACUGCUCAGUUAAGAUCUUCCAGUUUGAGGGGAAGUUACUCCGCCUGUUUAACGCAAAUGACUACCGUAUUGGUGACAAUUUCUGCGCUUUGCAGGGGCUAUGCACUGAUUCGCUUGACAACACGGUGGUUAUAUGCAACAACGCCGCUUACAUUGUGACUAAAAAUGGUCGGCUUUGGGAAGUGCUCACUGCCAAGGACGGACUGAAUUACCCGAAAUGCAUCGCGUUCAGCCAAUCAGGUCGUCUCACUGUGACGCAAUCAGUAGCCAAUGACAAGCACGAGGUGCUAAUCUUGGAGUACAAUCCGGAGGAUUUUAAAUCACUAAACUCUCUACUACUUUAUGCAAUUUCUGUAUAAUAUAUAGCUGAUAUUAACCACGUUUUUUUCAAGUGUAGAGUAGAGUACUAGUAGCUUUGUCAUUUUUAAUAAUUACUAGUAUCCAUGUAAGUAUGUCAUACGUAGAGAUAAUCUUAACCAAAUGCAAUGUUAUGAACAUAAAAUGUUAACAAAUGCAGGCAGCACACCACUAUUUCAAUCGGAGUCCCUCAGCCAUUUUCCAUCGAAAACAACCUCGGAUGUAUGCCGGCGCAUUAGUAAAAGUAGUUCGUAAAAUCAAUAAUAGCACUAUUGAAUAAUGUUUUUUUUCAACGUGUAAUUGGUAUUACUAAUUUAAAUUUGUUUCGCAGGUUAGUGUUUUUUUAAACAUUUUUCCUACGAGUAAAAGAACUUAGGCUUAACUGCUAAAUAGAAAUUACUACGCGAUCUACUUGCAGUGUAGUUAAAUGUAAAUAAUUAUGACAUUUAAACCGUACAUAUAAAUCCGUUGUUGUUUUCGAUGAAAAAUGGCCAACGGGUUCCGAUUAACACUUUUCUUGUAUAUUGAACCAUUUUACUUGAUAAGAAAUGUUGAUGUUUUUUUUUGUUAUUAGAGAAACUAGUAUACGCAAUGACCCGUUUUGUAUUAUAACAUCUAUACAUAUACACUCACUUAUCGCUAUGUACAUGUAGUAUACUACAUCUUUUAUAGCUAUAAAUAUAAAUAUAAGUAUGUGCUACCGCAUGUAUAACUUAUUAAAAGAGUCACAAUCACGUAGGUUACAUAUACUUGUAACAUGGUUUAAUUGUUUUAAUAAAAUGGUUA